CUCUCUCCUCUUCUCCUCACAGGACAGUCUCGUGGCAAAUAAUUCCAAACAAAGGAUUUUGCCCAAAAUGAGCGAGAAAGCCGAUGUCAACCCCAACACGGGCACUGGCCCCGACAUUGAGGGUGUCAACAAGACCAACGCAUCCCAACUGGGCUACGAAGAUGUUACUCUUGAGAAGGGAGCCGCCGAUGGCUACAAUCGCGCCGGCGCCAUCGAGGCCGAGCAGCAAGAACUAUCCAUGACGGUGCUGGAGACCGUCAAGGCAUAUCCCGCUGCCACUUUCUGGGCUUUUAUCAUGUCUUGCACCAUUAUCAUGGAAGCCUACUGCGUCUUCUUGAUGGGCAACUUCGUCGCUAUCGACCGCUUCAAGAACCGCUUUGGUGAAUACAGCGAGGUCGAGAACGGAAAGAUUAUCACUACCCCAUGGCAAUCCGGUCUGCAAAUGACCGGCCCAGUCGGAGCCUUUAUUGGCGUCAUGAUCGCCGGUCCAAUUACUAGCAAGAUUGGCUACCGGUGGGCCACAAUUGGUGGACUCAUGGCUCUCAAUGGCUUCAUCUUCGUCUUUUAUUUCGCCAACUCCUUGUCUGUCAUGUUGGUAUCCCAACUUCUCGAGGGUAUUCCUUGGGGAAUUUUCAUCGCCAACGCACCAGCAUACUGUAGUGAAAUUGUCCCCAUGCGCUUGAGAGCACCUUGCACUCAGAUGUUGCAAAUGUUCUGGGCUAUUGGUGCCAUCAUUGUCCAGGCUGUCACUUACCAGUACAACGAGGUCGAUGCCGACAUUGCUUUCAGAAUUCCUAUCGCCCUCCAGUGGAUGUUCCCCACACCCCUUGCUAUCCUCAUUUGGUGGGGUCCUGAGUCGCCCUGGUGGCUUACCCGCAAGGGCAAGCUCGACGAGGCAGAGAAGGCCAUCAGACGCCUGGGUCGUUCCUCGGCCACCGAUAACCCUGCUGCUACCGUCGCCAUGAUGAAGCGUACAAUUGAACUCGAAAAGUCCGCCAAGGAGCCCAGCUUGAUUGAGCUCUUCAGGGGUACCGACCGUUACAGAACUCUCAUCGUGUGCUGCGUCUACGCUGCUCAGAACCUGACAGGCAACCUCAUCGCCAACCAGGCCGUAUUCUUCUUCCGACAGGCUGGCAUCGAUUCAAACCUUGCUUUCGGUCUUGGUCUUGUGGUUUCUGGCGCCCAAACCGUAAUGGUCAUGGCAUCCUGGGUCCUCACAACAUAUCUCGGCCGACGAACCAUUUACCUCUGGGGUUCAGCCAUCAACAUGGUAUUCCUCAUUGCUGUCGGUAUUGCAGGAUCUUUCGGCAAGUCAACCGCAACGUCCAUGGCCACGGCCUCGCUUGGUCUGAUCGUCUCGGUUCUUUUCUGCUUGGGUCCUGCCCCCGCCUCGUGGGUCAUCAUCGGAGAGACGUCCUCCAUUCGUCUCAGGCCGCUCACCACAGGCGUCGGUCGUGCCUCUUACUACAUCGUCAACAUCCCCUGCAUCUACCUGUCCAGCUGGAUGCUCAACACCGAAGGCGCCAACCUGGCCGGCAGAACCGGUUACGUCUGGGCUGCGACGGCUGCUGUUUGUCUUGCCGCCGCAUACAUCUACCUGCCUGAGAUGAAGCACCGCUCCUACAGAGAGAUCGACAUUCUCUUCAACCGUCACGUUCCCGCUCGCAAGUGGAAGAAGACUGUCAUCGACAUUCACGACGACGAGUAGAGGAGGUAUAAAAGAUAGUGCCGGGAAAAAGAUGCAAGAGUUUCGUUUUGUAUGUGGUCAGAUCAGGCCAGCGUUGUUAUCGAGCUCUUCUAUUUAGCCUUUGUAGAAAAAAAAAUACGACAGCAAUAGCUUCAAGUCGCAAUCAGAUAGCCGUCGUUCCACUGGGUUGGAUGACCUAUCGGAUAAGUCGGAGCUGUUUUGGUGAAACCAAU